AUGGAUGUCCAUGACUAUAACAAAACAUCAACACCAUUGACACAAGCAGAUUCCAGCAACAAAGCAGAGUACCCGAACAUGCGCUUCACUCAAACCCUAACCCUAACCAUCUUCUCGAUCCCUAGCCCUACCCCUCAGUCCUCAACUUCCUCAAUGCGCUCUUCCUUCCGCUCCCUCACGCUCUCUCUUUCGCAUCACUUCCCUCGCCCUUUCCUCUUCCCGCCGCGGACGCGCCAAUUCCCACGCCUCGCCAUGACGGCACCGGAGCGAGAGGCUCUGCAGUCGGCGGAGGUGGAGUCCAGGCGGCUUCGGGGCCCGGAGGUGGAGGUGGGGGAGCUGAGCGAGGUGCCGGAGGAGUGGCGGAGGGCGAGAGUGGCGUGGCUGUGCAAGCAGCUGCCGGCACACAAGGCUGGGAUGCUGGUGAAGAUACUGAACGGGCAGAAGAAGUGGAUGACUCAGGAAGACGCCACCUACAUCCUCGUCCACUGCUUGCGCAUUCGUGAGAACGAGACAGCCUUCAAAGUAAGUCUUCCUCUUCUUACCUCAUUAUCAUGA